AUGGUUGCCACCAGGGACAGGUACAUCUAUCUCAGCGAUCCUGUAGUGAAUUGCACCCAACCGAGUUGUCAAUUGUCUUGAAUGAACUUAUAAACGUAUGUGAAAUUCGGAAAACCUUGACAGAUACUGAUCAACUCGUUCAGGAAAAUAUUUUACUGAAAGAACAGAAUGGAGCUCGCGAAACAGAGUUAGCUCGUUUGAAAAGUGUAUUAACAGAACUAAACGCAAAAUUAAAAACUGCUGAAAUUGAAAAGGCUCGUAACAGUCAUUCGCUUCUCAAUGACGAACAAGCCAUUACAACUAACCCAGCAACGAACAAUAAAUUCAAAAACACGUAUCAAACACAAAACCCAUGGAUUAUGACUUGUUCAAAAGCUUCAACUCAAAGUGCCCAUUGUGAUGUCAUUCUGCAUAACAGGUACUCUAUUCUGCAUGUUGAGGAUGGUGAAGGAACAGAGACUAUCGUGGAUGCCAGGAAUAAUCAAACUACAGAUAAUUCAAGACAAGAUAUAGAUCAACGGCAUUGUCAAGCAACCAAGCAGAAGCAGGACGCAGUUUAUCAAAAUCGAGGACAUCAACGUCAUUCACAGCAAUCAGGUGAGCAACAAUGAAGGACUUAUCAAUCCACAAAACCAAUCUCGAUGAAUCAAAAUCAAAACACCCUACUAAUACAGUUAUUGUUGGUGAUUCAAUCUUGAAGCACCUAAAUCCUAGGAAAAUUGGAACAUAUGGGAUAAACGGCAAAGCUAAUAUCAAGACCUUCCCUGGAGCCAGCAUCGAAGACAUGCUCCACUAUGUGAAACCAACAAUUGAAAAGCAAUUUGAUCAUAUUAUAUUGCACAUUGGAACAAAUAAUCAUUGA